UUUGUUCACAACCGAGUAAUAAUGUGGGCAGUCUCUCAAGGCUGUGUACGCCAUGUGACCAUUCCGAGUUGGUUUGUGUGGAAUUGUGUCCUGCUUCACAGACACCUGAUAGGAAUACUAAAAAGAGAAAGAGUACAGGUAUACGGACAUAGAUACGAAGAUCGAAAGAGUGCACAAGGAUUCAUAAAACAUGGACAUUAAAGACCAAGGAGCCCAAAUGGAGCCUUUGCUGCCGACGGUACUUACCACUAGUGGAAACAAGAGUGUGAGAAAUGAUGAAGAAGCUGUUGUGGACAGAGGUGGAACUCGCUCCAUCCUGAAAACUCACUUUGAAAAGGAAGAAUUGGAAGGUCACCGCACAUUGUAUAUUGGUGUGCAUGUACCACUGGGAGGAAGAAAAAGCCACAGAAGACACAGGCAUCGUGGACACAAGCACAGGAAGAGAGACAGAGAGCGGGAUUCGGGUGUAGAGGAUGGCAGAGAGUCUCCAACAUAUGAUACUCCUUCCCAGCGAGUGCAGUUUAUUCUGGGCACCGAGGACGAUGAUGAGGAGCACAUUCCUCAUGACCUUUUCACAGAACUUGAUGAGAUCUGCGUGAGGGAUGGCGAGGAGGCAGAAUGGAGAGAGACAGCAAGAUGGCUGAAGUUUGAGGAGGACGUGGAGGAUGGAGGGGAGCGCUGGAGUAAGCCGUAUGUUGCUACUCUAUCACUCCACAGUCUGUUUGAGCUAAGAAGCUGCAUCCUCAAUGGCAUUGUGCUGCUGGACAUGAGAGCAAACAUGCUGGAGGAGAUUGCAGACAUGAUCUUGGAUCAGCAGGAGUCUCUGGGGCAGCUGUCUGACGAUGUGCGCAAGAAGGUGCGACACGCUCUUUUGAAGCAGCACCACCACCAGAACCAGAAGAAACUCAGUAAUCGGAUUCCCAUUGUUCGCUCAUUUGCAGAUAUUGGCAAAAAACAAUCUGAGCCCCAUUCCAUGGAUAAAAAUGGCCAGAUGUUUUCCCCACAAUCUAUGCCCACCAACACGGAGGGGAAAGGUGAUGUCAGCCGAGAAAACAGCACUGUUGAUUUUAGUAAGGUGGACCUGCACUUUAUGAAAAAGAUUCCACCCGGAGCAGAAGCUUCUAAUAUUUUGGUUGGUGAACUGGAAUUUCUUGAUCGGCCUGUGGUGGCCUUUGUACGCCUGUCACCUGCAGUUCUGCUGACAGGCCUGGCUGAAGUCCCAAUUCCAACCAGAUUCCUGUUUAUCCUUUUGGGGCCCCUUGGGAAGCUUCAACAGUACCAUGAGAUUGGCAGAUCAAUUGCAACUCUAAUGACAGAUGAGAUUUUCCACGACGUGGCUUACAAAGCAAAAGAUCGUAAUGACUUAGUUGCUGGUAUCGACGAAUUUCUUGACCAAGUGACAGUGCUGCCUCCUGGGGAGUGGGAUCCAUCCAUCAGAAUUGAGCCACCAAAAAACGUGCCCUCUCAGGAGAAACGUAAGAUGCCUGCAGUGCCUAAUGGCACAGCUGCACUUGGGGAACCUGAGGAACAUGGGGGUCACGGAGGUCCUGAGCUACAGCGCACUGGAAGGCUCUUUGGUGGUUUGAUAAUGGAUAUCAAAAGAAAAGCUCCACAUUACUUGUCUGACUACACUGAUGCCGUCAGUCUGCAGUGCUUGGCAUCAUUCCUUUUCCUGUAUUGUGCAUGCAUGUCACCUGUGAUCACAUUUGGAGGCCUGCUAGGAGAGGCAACUGAAGGCCGUAUAAGUGCAAUCGAAUCCCUCUUUGGAGCCUCAAUGACGGGAAUAGCCUAUUCUUUGUUUGCAGGGCAGCCACUCACAAUACUGGGUAGCACAGGGCCAGUCCUGGUAUUUGAAAAGAUAUUGUACAAAUUCUGCAGGGAAUAUGGAUUAUCCUACCUCUCAUUAAGAGCGUGUAUAGGACUCUGGACAGCAUUCCUGUGUAUUGUCCUUGUGGCAACAGAUGCCAGUUCCCUCGUUUGCUACAUUACUCGUUUCACUGAAGAAGCGUUCGCUGCCCUUAUCUGUAUUAUUUUUAUAUAUGAGGCCUUGGAAAAGUUAAUUCACCUUGGCGAAACCUACCCAAUCAACAUGAACAAUAACCUGGAAAAGCUCACUCAGUAUUCGUGUAUUUGUGUGGAGCCACCCGAUCCAAGUAAUGCAACCUUGACAUUUUGGGAUGAACAUAACAUUACUGCAUCUGAAAUCUACUGGGAGGGCUUGGAAGUACAUGACUGCAUAGAGAAACAUGGGGAGUUUGUGGGAAGGGCUUGCGGGCCCCAUGGCCCAUAUGUCCCUGACGUUCUCUUUUGGUCCGUUGUUCUUUUCUUCUCAACCGUAACAAUGUCCUCUUUCCUGAAGGAAUUCAAGACCAGCCGCUAUUUUCCCACUAAGGUUCGGGCGAUAAUCAGUGACUUUGCGGUGUUCCUCACCAUUCUUACUAUGGUGUUGAUUGACUAUGGCUUAGGAAUACCAUCUCCAAAACUUCAAGUUCCCAAUGAGUUCAAGCCCACCAGGGAUGAUCGAGGCUGGCUGGUUAACCCAUUGGGUCCCAAUCCAUGGUGGACCACCAUAGUGACUGUGUUCCCUGCCCUGCUGUGCACUAUUCUGAUCUUCAUGGACCAGCAGAUCACAGCAGUUAUCAUCAACAGAAAGGAACACAAACUCAAGAAAGGAUGUGGGUACCACCUGGAUCUGUUCAUGGUGGGCGUCAUGCUGGGAGUCUGCUCCAUAAUGGGAUUGCCAUGGUUUGUAGCAGCCACUGUCCUCUCCAUCUCUCAUGUGAACAGCCUCAAACUGGAGUCGGAGUGCUCUGCUCCAGGGGAGCAACCCAAAUUCCUCGGAAUCAGAGAGCAGAGGUUCACAGGGCUCAUGAUCUUUCUACUGAUGGGUUGUUCUGUCUUCAUGACCUCAGUGCUGAAGUUCAUUCCAAUGCCAGUGUUGUAUGGAGUUUUCCUUUACAUGGGAGGAUCAUCGCUGAAAGGCAUUCAGCUCUUCGAUCGUUUUAAACUUUUUGGGAUGCCACCUAAGCACCAACCUGAUUUUAUUUAUCUGCGGCAUGUCCCACUGAGGAAAGUUCAUCUGUUCACAGUCAUCCAGCUGAGCUGCCUGGUCCUGCUGUGGGUAAUAAAGACUUCACGGGCGGCCAUUGUAUUCCCCAUGAUGGUUUUAGCACUUGUGUUCAUUCGGAAGGUGUUGGAUUUCUUAUUCACAAAGAGAGAACUAAGUUGGUUGGAUGAUUUAAUGCCAGAAAGUAAGAAAAAGAAACUGGAAGAUGCUCAGGAAGAGGAAGAACAAAGUAUGCUGGGAGAGGAAGAGGGAAUAGUACACUUGCCUUUGGAAGGAAAUUACAAGGAUGAUCCUUCAACAGUUAACAUAUCUGAUGAAAUGGCGAAAACUUCAGUUUGGAAGACCCUCACCAUGAAUACGGAAAACUCCAAAAAAGAUUCCUGCAUACCCUCAAAAAGCUUUUCCAAUAGCAGCGACAGAAGACGAGAGAAGAGGGUCGAUUUGGAGAGGAACAUUGACAGGGAGACAUGUCUAUGACUUUUCCUUGGUUACUGUGCUUUUAAAAAAUGAAAAAAGUGUGCCACAGUAUACAAUUGUAUAGACCACUUCUGAACGUUUUGUCACGUUAAGUCUCUAUGUACAUUGUGUAAAACUGUUUUCUUCUUAAUGCCUCUAAAUCUGUACCUUUCUUACAAAAACCAUACAAGCAACAUGUUUCUUUUUCUUGUGUAUGUAAAUGUAAAGUAAAACCAACACUGCAACAGAUGUACAAGUGCAGGGAAAAAAGCUUUUCUGUGAUGGAUUUAGAUGUUACAAGGUUUUUAAAUUUAUUCUUCUUUGAAACUAAAUAGUAUGUAUUUUGUAUGUUUUGUAUUUAUUUUUUUUCUAAAGAUGAUAAUACAAAUCAUUCUCCUGUAUUGUUUAAAAAGUCUUGAUUUUCAACCAUAAAAAUGGAGUAAUUAAAAUUACGAAAGCAUACUGUAAAUAGGGGAAAUUGAAGGAAAGCAAUUUGCAAUCAUCCAAUUAAAUUACAGCCGAUUGAAAGUUUUAAGCAUGUGUCAUCUAACAUAAAUGAAACCUAAUAAUAGAUGUUCACAUUACAUUAAAUAAAUGAUAAAUAUAAUUGAUCUUCAAAUAUACAGUGAUGAAAAUGUUCUAGAAAAUUAUACUAUUUAUCAUUUUGUGUAAAUGGGACUAUAAGGUGUUUAUAAUGCAAUAAUAUAAUGACAGGUUAGAUAGGUUAACCAUAUUUGUACAUUUCAUAGUUUCACAUCUUGUACUCCCAUCUAGAGUGACUGUGUUAAUUUAUAACAUCCUAGAUGAAAAACAGUACGACGGAUGGUACAUUUAUUAUUUUAAAUCAUGCUUUCAUUUAUUUCAAUGCACCAAAAAUGGUAAUACCUUUAAACUUAAUAGUCUGCUGUGCUUUGAUUUGUGCAAAGUGCACAAAACUGUCUGAAAUUCAUCACCAUCUCAUGGAUGUAUAUGGAUCCUAUUCCAUCUUAUGGAAAAUGUGCAGGGGUAGGGCAGUGUCUUCAAUAACUGCAGGAUAUACUGAACUUUCUAGAUGUUUUAAAUGUUUUUUCAAGCUUUACUUUUUCUUUCUUGAAGUAGACAUGUUCUUUGAGUACUGAUUGCUGGUAUAAUCAAGCAAGACUUUUUUCUCUAAUAACAUAGUAAUUGUUUUGGCAGGUACUGUUAAAAACCUGCAAAGAACUAACCCUCCAAGAUUAAAUUGUAGUGACUCCUGCAUACAGGUACCUCUGUUGGUAUUCGAGUAAAGGGACUGUUCAGGGUUUUUACUCUAUGAAGACUCGGCUGUCACACCAGUAUUAUUUUGAAACAUAAUCAUGGUUUCUCAGCAAAUCACAUAUGCAGUUUAUGAAUCUUAUAAAAAUGAAAUUUAAGGAGUAUGAUUUUGUUGUGUACAUCUCUAAAUUUUCCUAUGUCAUUUAUCAGCACAUGAAUGUUAACAUUUAUGUGUCUGCAUUUGUCUUGGUAGGAAGUGUGAGGAAUAUUUGUUUAUAUAUACAGUAUUUUUUGAGCUAAGACUGAACUCUUAAAACUGAUCAUGUUGUUUAUUUUGAAACAGGAAAUUAUAUGAAUAGCUGUUCAUUUCAGAUCUUUGACAUUUUAUAACAAAUAAAGCCAAAAGCUCCAACAAAAUAUGUUGUUUUUUAGAGUUAAUAGGGUAAAUAUUUUGGAAAAAAAGUUCACAACAAAUUAAAAUACAAAAAAAUAAAGAAAAAUAUGACUCUUUGGCUUAAUCAGUUACAAUGGCAUUAUUGUGUUACUUUAUUUUUUAAAAGAAGCCAGUUUUUACUAUUUAGUUAUUGAACCAAAACUAUAAGAAACCUACACUUUUAGUAAUUCACCUAUGAAGCUUAUAUUGAUUAAAAAAUUAAUAGAAGUGUUGGGAAAUCUUUGGUCUACAUGCAGUAGGAAGAUUUCAGUUAAUAUAUUUUAAAAAAUUCAUGUAUGAUGUCAACAGCUGGUGUAUUCCAUGUACUUCUUAAUCAUAAAUGGAUUUGAAUCCUGCUGUUUUUAGGAAGAAUCUCCUGCUACUGAAAAAUGCUAAGGCCAUUAGAAGAGAUUAAUACAAUUCAGUUUUUGACUAGUUGUAUGCCUAUUAUUUGGCAAGCAAAAGGCUCAGAUUUGCACACUCAAUAAAUAAUUGUUUUAAACAAAAAUUUAAAUAUAUUCUUCCUGUUUAGUUGUCUAAUCAAUCUAUAGAUUUGUUUGUGUUCUUGUACUUGAGGCACAAUCACAAGAUGGCAGAUUCAUCUCCAUAGCAAUAAGAUCAUUUGAAGGUAUUCAUGGAAAAAUAAUCCUAUUGAUGAUAAUAAAAACAAUAUUUAAUUUCUACAAUCUAUAUAUUAACUGAUCAAUAAACAGAAUUCAAGUGUUUACUGUGAUGUCUCAUCACUCCCGACAUACUUAGCAAGUAUAUUUUAUUCUGCUUUCAGAGAAUUAUAUGAAUGGUUAUAAUAACCUUGCAGUUUUUUCGAAAUAUUAUGGCUUUCAUUCAGCUGUAUUUCAGAUGACUACUUUGCGGAACUUGGAGUCAAGCCGAGCUAAAUCGUUACAUUUUGUACAUCCUUCACUAAAUUGCAAGGGCUAAAAGUAGCUAAUAUACAGGGUCUACAGGUAAAAUGUUUUGAAUUUGGAAACAUACAUUAUUUCCAAUAAAGUACAAAUUUUUAAAUUUACUUGAAUAAUUAGGCAGAUAACCAGCUUAUUUUAAAUUUCAUUUUACAAUGUCAAUGCUUUGUGCUGAAGAACUGCUUGCAGCCAUUCCCAGAGGCUUGGAUUAUGUCAGUUUUUCAAGGAGAUGCUAUCACAUACAGAUGCCUCUUUCAAAUUGAAAAAGACUCUGUUUUCAAUGUUUUAUCCAGUGAUUAUAACUUAUUGUGCUUUCAUUAUGCUGUUCAUUAGUAGUGCUGUUUCAUCAGAGAUAUUAGACAGGCAUCUGAAGGAUUUGUAUAUUUUUUUAUGUGAAUAAUUUCUCUAAUCUGUUACUUUUAAAGUACUGUGUGAACUAACCAUGAUACUCUUAACUAGUUAAUCACAGCUUUCUGUGAAAAUGGGCUGAAUGGUUAUGGUACCAUUCUGCAUUAAUACAAAAUCCUCAGAACUGUAGUGGCACUAAUUAUAAGACUAAUCUAAGAAGUUUAAAAUGCCAUGUAUACGUUACUGUAUAUAAAAUAGCCCAUUUCAUGAGAAUAACCCCAGAUUUGAUCACAGUAACUUUGAAACUUUGAAUGGGACAUUGUCCUUUAAAAAGAAUUAUACUUAACUGUUAAAGCCAUGAUUUAAGAUAAGAUCACUUUAUUGGUCAUAUACAAUCUCUUGUAUUAGGAAUUUGUCUUUUUGCAUACCCCAACUUGCUCUCCAUGAGACACACAGACAGGGAGAGAAGCUCAGGCAAUGCUUAAAGAAGCUGCUUAUAUGAAAUGUCUUUGUUACAGGAGUCAAAAUGAUUUAGGAAAAGAUGCAAUAGUUCUUUUAUUAGUAGGACAAUAUUCAGAGAAUUUUUGUUGUAUUAACUGAGAAAAAUAGAUUUCUAGAAUUUCUUUGUAUAAUGAAAAAUGAUAUAAUCAGAUGUUUUCUUUUUCAAAUAUGAUAGAUUACACCUUGAUCAUAUUUUUCCUGAGAAAUCUCUUUAAAUGUAUUUAACUUUCAUGUUUUCACAAGUAUGAGUCAAUAAAAUACACUGUAUAUUGAAAAUCAA